GCCGCCGCCAGUGCCGGUCCCCGGGGGCGCCAUGGCGACCGGAGCGAACGCCACGCCGCUGGGUAAGCUGGGGCCCCCCGGGCUCGCCCCGCUUCCCGGGCCCAAAGGGGGCUUCGAGCCGGGGCCUGCGCCCGGGCCCGGGGCGGGACUGCCGCCGCCGCCGCCCGUGGGCGCCGUGGGGGCCCUGAGCGCGGCCUUCCCGUUCGCGGCGCUGCCGCCGCCGCCGCCGCCGCCGCCCCCCCCGCCUCCCCAGCAGCCGCCGCCGCCGCCUCCGCCGCCGUCCCCGGGCGCGCCGUACCCGCCGCCGCCGCCGCUCUUCCAGCGCGUGUCGCCGCAGCCGCCGCCCCAGCCGCCGCGUCAGGACCAGCAGCCGGGCCCGGCCGGCGGCGGAGGAGACUUCCCGAGUAAGAAGCGGAAGAGGAGCCGAUGGAACCAAGACACGAUGGAGCAGAAGACGGUGAUUCCAGGAAUGCCCACGGUUAUCCCCCCUGGACUGACCCGGGAGCAGGAAAGAGCUUACAUAGUGCAACUGCAGAUAGAAGACCUGACUCGUAAACUGCGCACAGGAGACCUGGGCAUCCCCCCUAACCCUGAGGACAGGUCGCCUUCCCCUGAGCCCAUCUACAACAGCGAGGGGAAGCGGCUCAACACCCGCGAGUUCCGCACCCGCAAGAAGCUCGAGGAGGAGCGGCACAACCUCAUCACGGAGAUGGUCGCCCUGAACCCCGACUUCAAGCCCCCCGCGGAUUACAAACCUCCAGCGACACGGGUGAGCGACAAAGUCAUGAUUCCCCAGGACGAGUACCCAGAGAUCAACUUCGUGGGGCUGCUGAUCGGGCCCAGAGGGAACACCCUGAAAAACAUCGAGAAGGAGUGCAACGCCAAGAUCAUGAUCCGGGGCAAAGGGUCCGUGAAGGAAGGGAAGGUCGGGCGCAAGGACGGCCAGAUGCUGCCCGGGGAGGACGAGCCGCUGCACGCCCUGGUCACGGCCAACACCAUGGAGAACGUCAAAAAGGCCGUGGAGCAGAUCAGGAACAUCCUGAAGCAGGGCAUCGAGACUCCAGAGGACCAGAACGACCUGCGGAAAAUGCAGCUGCGGGAGCUGGCGCGCCUGAACGGGACCCUCCGGGAAGACGACAACAGGAUCUUAAGACCCUGGCAGAGCUCAGAAACGCGUAGCAUCACCAACACCACCGUGUGCACCAAGUGCGGCGGGGCCGGCCACAUCGCUUCCGACUGCAAAUUCCAGAGGCCUGGUGACCCUCAGUCUGCUCAGGAUAAAGCACGGAUGGAUAAAGAGUAUCUGUCCCUCAUGGCUGAACUGGGUGAAGCACCUGUCCCAGCGUCUGUGGGCUCCACCUCAGGGCCUGCUGCCACCCCGCUGGCCAGCGCGCCUCGGCCUGCCGCUCCUGCCAACAACCCUCCUCCACCGUCUCUCAUGUCCACUACCCAGAGCCGCCCACCCUGGAUGAAUUCUGGCCCUUCAGAGAGUCGACCCUACCAUGGCAUGCACGGAGGGGGCCCUGGUGGGCCUGGAGGCGGCCCCCACAGCUUCCCACACCCGUUGCCCAGCCUGACAGGUGGACAUGGCGGACAUCCCAUGCAGCACAACCCUAAUGGACCCCCACCCCCUUGGAUGCAGCCGCCGCCGCCACCGAUGAACCAGGGCCCCCACCCACCUGGGCACCAUGGCCCUCCUCCAAUGGAUCAGUACCUGGGAAGUACGCCUGUGGGCUCUGGGGUCUAUCGCCUGCAUCAAGGAAAAGGUAUGAUGCCGCCGCCGCCUAUGGGCAUGAUGCCGCCGCCGCCGCCGCCUCCCAGUGGGCAGCCCCCGCCCCCGCCCUCUGGUCCUCUUCCCCCAUGGCAACAGCAGCAGCAGCAGCCUCCGCCGCCCCCUCCGCCCAGCAGCAGUAUGGCUUCCAGUACCCCUUUGCCAUGGCAGCAAAGAUCCCUCCCCGCGGCGGCGAUGGCCCGAGCCAUGAGAGUGAGGACUUUCCGCGCCCAUUGGUGACCCUUCCAGGCAGACAGCCUCAGCAGCGCCCCUGGUGGACAGGAUGGUUCGGCAAAGCAGCCUGAGUUAUUUUUGUGGACGGAAUCAGAACACGCUGGCUCCAUAUCGUGAAAUUUUUAUUAAUUUUUUUCUUUUUUCUUUGUUAUUUCCUUACCUCUUCCUUUCUCCAGACUCCGUCCAAGGAGACGCUCUCCCUGGUCUUCUGCUGCAAUUAGAUUCCUUUUCUUUCUUCUCCAUCCCUCUUCCCUUGCCAAGGAAGGGGGAGCAAGUGGCUGUAGGCACGGACUGUGGCCGUUGGUGUUGGGCUGGGGGUAGUGGGAGGUUUGGGUUCGAAGUUGUUCCAGGUGCCGUAGGCGGCCCCAAGCGUGGUUUUGAACAAGCUGGCCUUGCUGAGGGCUGCAGAGCUGCCAAGGGCAGGGCCUUCUCUCGGGCCUGGUCCUUGCAUCCAGCCUGGAGUCGGUGCCGGGCCCUGUGGCCACGGGAGCUGCCUCCAGCGCCACUUGCUCCUGUCCUUCCGGAAGCUUCUUCUACAUUUUAUUUUACUCCCAACGUCUGACUGUUGCAGUGUCUGGGGCUUUGGACCCUGUGUUCUUCGUUCUGCCUCCUCCCCUGCCCCACCUCCCCCUCAUGGAGUGAUUAUGUUGACAAUAAUGUAUAACGCGCGUUCUCUUCACUGGUUUAUCUACAGAAAUUUCUUGGGCUUUUUUUCGGUGUUUGAUUCGACACUGCGCUAACGUGGGGAUGUUCCAUUGAAUAAAAGAGCAGUGUGGUUUUCUGGG